UAAAGAUCAUCACGGACAUUCUGCAAACGAUGGAGGGCCACUUCCCCGAGUGUCUAGAGAAGUGUAUUAUGAUAAACGUGCCCCCCUUUUUCCCCACCAUGUGGAAGCUGAUGCGGCCCUUCUUGACGGAGAGGACGACCGACAAAGUGGAAAUCUUCGCAAAAGCUGACGCCUGGAAGGAGCGGCUGGUGGACAUCGUUGGCGCAGCCUCCCUUCCCGCCCACUGGGGAGGGGACAUGGUCGGCCCUGACGGAGACCCACGCUGCAGGCACGUGGUCAGUGCUCCUGACUACUCUUUGCACAGGCCAACGCUAGACUGUAACUCUCUAGUAGUACGUGUGCGUAAACCUUAUGCUCACUCAUUUCAUGUUAAUGGUUCCCGUUUGCAGGUCAACUACGGCGGCCGCUUCCAAGAACGCCCAGAUCGGCCGACAUGGUCCCUGUUCGACGAGCCGGACGCCAAGAAGCAGACCAUAGGUCGGCGGGACCGCUGGGAGCUGCAGGUGAACGUGUCGUGCGCGGGAGUGCAGCUCAGCUGGCGUUUCCAGACGGCAGCGGGAGACGUGGCCUUCGGACUGCGCAUGUGGGAUGGAGAAACUCUGCUGCCUCUCCAGCGCAUCGACGCAAGCCGUCAGAUUCCACAGGAAGGCAGCUGGAACUGCGCACGGGCCGGAACAUACGUGCUCCAAUUCGACAACUCCUACAGCUGGAUGACGGACAAGAAGCUGGCCUACGUCGUCGAAGUGCAGACCUCGGAUGAGAGCCAUGUGCCCUAG